AUGUCUUAUGAGGGCUUUCGAGAAAGCAGACUGAGGUUCUCAGACUCCCUUAAUGGUCAGCGCUGGAUAUUUCUGAAAAAAGGUCUAGAUGGCGUUCCUCCUUCAUCUCAUAACAUGAUUGUGUACAGUAGAAAGCAGCCUGUCUCCAUCACACUUCAGAACAGCACACUGAAAUCUUCAUCCGCUGUUCCGUGGAAGAAAAGGAAGCGUGCUGAAACGCAGGUCUGUCUGUCCAAGCUCAGCCCGCUGCAGCAAGCCAGGAGGGAUUAUAUUGCAUGGCUAGAGUGCUGUCUGAAGCAGCAUCCCCUCGUGCUCCACCCACGCUUGGAAAAAACUAUCUCCCCAAAGUUCUUGAGAGAGGUUGCUGAGGUCCUGGAUCCUGAAAUCCUUUCGAGGAGCAAGACUGGCUACGAUGACUGCAAACAGGAGAACCGACUCCCUCCGGAGGUGCUGGAUCGCAUGGAGGAUACACAAAGCAAAGCAACAGCUUCCAAGACACGAGGAGGAGGAAACUGCGGUAUUGAUCAAGAUGCCCUUGUGAGCUUGCUCAACACAAGCUGUGAAAGGGAGGCCGCGGUCCCUUCACCUUUCCAUGCUUUGAAAUUCAGCAGUGUGGAAGCAGAGCAGUCAAAGACCCAGGAGAUUUUGCCUCCCCAGUUAGCUGUGAGGAGUUCUUAUCACCGAAAGAGCCUGUCCUUCAAGGUCCAUUCCCAAGCAAAAUGGGAGGAGAUCAGAUAUGGAGCGUAGUAUCUUGAUCCCAAAAUGUGGAGAAAACAGAAAGCGAACGGACCAUUAAAAGCUCCUGAGGCAACAGUCAAUAGCUUCAGGAAUGCAAAGAACAGGUCUGAAAAGUUCCUUCCAAAAAUGCUGGCGGGGGAAAUGAUAGUAGAGCUCCGGAGGACACAUCCAAACCUUGCAAGGAAGUGUCUAAGGAGAUACGAGAAAGUAAGAGAAGGUUCUUUCAUGACUGUGAAUCAAUACAAAUUUCUAAAUUCUCUUGAAUAG